AGUGGGUAUGCGUCUCCAGUAAGUGCACAGCAUGCUCUGGUAAGGUGUUACGCUAGAAAUGCAGUGAGCAGCACUUGUCUUUUGUAAGUGGAAGGACAACGAAAGAACAUUAUUCAGCGAUGCACAAAUCGCUACUGAUGUUGAAAGGAUGUAGAAAUCUCUUUUGGAGGUUUUUGCCAUUCACUGCCAGAGUUUGUGCCAGGAGGAGCUUGAUCACACGUUCCUCUGCCUCAUUGUUAUAUCAUCCUCCAUCCACUCACAGUCAGAGCUUCUUGACAAGCCGACAAACCUCAGUUCUUCAACAUUCAACUGUUAGAUUCUCUUUUACUCGCUCUCUCUGUCAUUCUGGUCACUGUUCCGGCCUGAUGGAGUUAAAGGAGGUCCUGCAGGUGCUGGAGCAGCUUGCUCCUCUGUCUCUGGCUGAGUCCUGGGACAACGUUGGCCUCCUGGUUGAGCCGAGCAAACCUCGUCCCACUAAAACCAUCCUUCUAACAAACGACCUCACGGAGGCUGUCAUGGAGGAAGCGGAGAACAUGAACUGUGACCUCCUUAUCUCAUAUCAUCCGCCUUUGUUCCGGCCAGUCAAGCGCCUGGUGCAGAAAGACUGGAAGCAGCGAUUGGCGAUUCGUGCUGUCGAGGCCGGGAUAGCGGUUUUCUCUCCUCACACUUCGUGGGAUAGUGUUAAAGGAGGAGUGAAUGAUUGGCUGGUUGGGGGACUGGGCAGUGGUCGGGUGUCUGUGCUGAAUCAGGCUAUUGCUGAUGCCUCCCACAAUCACAAACUGGAAUUCAUGGUCAGGAGCACGGAAGAAUUAAACAGCAUAUUGGAGGAAGUGAAGGCAUGUGACAGUGGAACAACGCUGCACUAUUCAGUCAACAGAUCAGACAGCUGUGGGAUCCAUGUCAGUGUAACAUGCAGUGACUCAGCACUGACUCCCAGUGUCCAAACCCUGUUAAAACACACUGGUACCAGCCAGUCCCUCCGCAUCCUCAAGUUAGAGAAGCCUCCUCUCUUGGGCCAUGGCCAAGGUCGGUUCAGUGUUCUGGACAACCCAGUAACCAUAGCAACAGCCAUCCAGAAAAUAAAGUCCCACUUGGGUCUGAGUCACAUUCGCCUGGCUCUUGGAGUGGGGAAGACUCCAGAGUCCUCUGUGUGGACUGUGGCUGUUUGUGCCGGAUCUGGAGCAUCAGUCCUAAACGGAGUCAAAGCAGAUCUUUACCUCACCGGUGAGAUGUCGCACCACGAGGUGCUGGACGCUGUGGCGAAGGGAACCAGCGUCAUCCUCACUGAUCACAGCAACAGCGAGCGAGGUUUCCUGUCUGUGUUCAGGGAGAGACUGGCCGUGCGUCUACCAGAAACAGUCACUGUGGUGGUCUCAGCGCAUGACAGAGACCCUCUGGAGGUGGUCUGACCACAGCAUGGAGUCAGUCCUUAACCACUGUGGUUGCGUUUUGACCAGUAUAACUAUUUUUGCAACAAACAGAUGCAGUGGAGUUAAAUGACUGCAUAAAAUCAAUAAAGUCUCAGUGAAGGCUUAUGUAGGAUUGUCACGAUAUUUAGGAAAUAAACUGUCAUUUCGUGAUAAAAUGUGGUUCCUUGGUUCUAUUUAUCAUGUACUUAAGGCAGGGUCCUAAUAAAAAUGAGUCCCAAAAUGGA